UUUGUGGUAGAACCGAUGAAAUCACCUUUUUGGUAUGUGGCUUUGUCCAGAAACGGUGGUGAAGGUGAGUCUCUGCAGUCGAUGCUUUCAGAAUGGGAUAAUCCUGUUUUUGUUCGCUGCCCAGAGAUAGCUGUUGAUGUGACCAGUGGUCAGGCUGAGAAUCUUGCUGUGAAAAUUCAUAAUGUUUUGUAUCCUUAUCGUUUUACCAAAGACAUGAUUCAUUCAAUGCAGGUUCUUCAGCAAGUGGACAAUAAAUUUAUUGCUUGUGUAAUCAACACUAGGAAUGAAAUGGAUAAAAAGGAAGGUGGAAACCUCUUGGUUUUGGUGGACCAACAUGCAGCUCAUGAACGGAUCCGCCUGGAGCAGCUUAUUGCAGAUUCCUACGAUAAGGAGGCUACAGCGUGCGGCAAGAAGAAAUUACUGUCUUCCUCUGUCUCUCCCCCUUUAGAGAUUGAAGUUACAGAAGAGCAAAGAAGAAUUCUCUGGUGCUGCUACAAAAACUUGAAGGAUCUGGGCCUUGAGUUAUCAUUUCCUGAGACCAACAGCUCCAUGAUUCUAGUGAAGAAAGUGCCACUGUGUUUUAUAGAAAGAGAGGCCAAUGAACUACGACGGAAGAGACAACCUGUCACUAAAAGCAUUGUGGAGGAGCUUAUUCAAGAACAAGUUGAGCUAGUGCAGACCAUGAGAGGAGCACAAGGGACACUGCCUCUGACAUUUCUGAAGGUGUUAGCUUCCCAAGCCUGUCACGGAGCUAUUAAGUUUAACGACAGUUUGACUUCAGAGGAGAGCUGUCGGCUCAUGGAAGCUUUGUCAUCUUGCCAGCUGCCCUUCCAGUGUGCUCAUGGAAGACCUUCCAUGAUGCCCCUUGCAGAUAUUGACCAUCUCCAGGAGGAAAUGCAGCCUAAACCUAACUUGGCUAGACUGCGGAAAAUGGUGCGAGCAUGGCAACUGUUUGGAAACAAAGACCCUAACCAAAAAAGGUAAGACUGCAGACUCCAUAAGUGUUGGGACGAUCCAGGUUCUCUUGUUGUUAAACAACAUCUUGUGUGGAGCAAUGUUCUCAAGCCAGCCCAGUAACCAAAGUUUUGCCCUGAGCACUGACCUAAGAAGAAGAGACCAGCCAGAAGAACAUGGUAGAAACCCACUCCUGGAGCUUGGAGAAGCGUCUUCAGCACUGAGGAACUGUGUUGUAGACUUGAGUCAUAUGUCAGUGCUUGACUAUCGAUGUCAAGAAGUUGCAUCCAGUCACAGUUACUGCAAGCAUGGCAGAAUUCCGUGUAAUACAAAGGCUUUUAAUUAAUGUAUUUUAGAGUGUUUGAAAUGGAGAAGGUAUUUAUUAAUAAAAUUAAUUAAACUUUC